UUCAAACCCUAGAUCCAAUUCGGAGUUCGAGGUUCAUGUAUUUUCUCCGAAAUCAAGAGUUUUUCUUCUGAUUCUUUUCAGGGUUUGCUGAUUCUUGUUCGAGAUGGCAACUGAGAACAAGCCUGCUGUGUCGGAAGAUGCAAAGAUCGAUCUCUUCGAGGAUGAUGACGAGUUCGAAGAGUUUGAGAUAGAUGAAGAGUGGGAUGACAAAGAAGGCAAAGAAACCUUGCAGCAAUGGGAGGAUGAUUGGGAUGAUGAUGAUGUGAAUGAUGAUUUCUCGUUGCAGUUGAAGAAUGAGCUUGAUAGCAACUCUCAGAAGAAAUAGGCUGUGGAGUCCUAAAGCCAGAGAAUCGGUGAAUCAAUUGGAUGUCUUCUUAGCAAUUCUCUCUUAAAGAUCAGUUGUUGUGCAAACUACGCUGUUCUUUUUAUGUAAACCAGAAUCUAUAACAUGUUUUAGGUUUCUGAUCCGGAUAUUCCAAACAGUGGGGCUAUGGUUAAAUAGAUCUUCUUUCAUGUCAAUGAAGAGUACAAUGGUCUUUGGUUUAAUAGUGAUAUAUGUUUAGUAUAUCAAGUUAACAUGAAA